AUGAUCUACGUGUACAAGCGAGACGGUCGCAAGGAGGUGGUCAAGUUCGACAAGGUCACCGCCCGCAUCUCCAAGCUCUGCUACGGCCUCGACCAGAACUAUGUCGACCCCAUCGAGAUCACCCGCAAGGUCAUCGACGGCAUCUACGAGGGCGUCACCACCGUCGAACUCGACAACCUCGCCGCAGAGACCGCCGCCUACAAGACCACCACCCACCCCGACUACGCCGUCCUCGCUGCGCGCAUCGCCAUCAGCAACCUCCACAAGGAGACCAGCAAGAACUUCAGCCAGGUCGUCCAGGCGCUCUACGACUACAUCAACCCCAAGAACGGCAGGCACAGCCCCAUGAUCUCGGACGCAACCUACAAGGUCGUCAUGGCGCACAAGGACCAGCUCGACUCGGCCAUCAUCUACGAGCGCGACUUCCACUACAACUUCUUCGGCUUCAAGACGCUCGAGCGCUCCUACCUCCUCCGCAUCAACGGCAAGGUCGCAGAGCGCCCCCAGCACAUGCUCAUGCGCGUCGCCGUCGGCAUCCACGGCGAGGACAUCGAGAGCGCCAUCGAGACCUACAACCUCAUGUCGCAAAAGUACUUUACCCACGCUUCCCCCACCCUCUUCAACGCAGGCACCCCGCACCCGCAGCUCUCGUCGUGCUUCCUCGUCACCAUGAAGGACGACUCCAUCGACGGCAUCUACGACACGCUCAAGACGUGCGCCAUGAUCUCCAAGACCGCGGGCGGCAUCGGUCUCAACAUCCACUGCAUCCGCGGCACCGGCUCCUACAUUGCCGGCACCAACGGCGUCAGCAACGGCAUCGUCCCCAUGCUCCGUGUCUUCAACAACACCGCACGCUACGUCGACCAGGGCGGCAACAAGCGUCCCGGCGCCUUUGCCAUCUACAUUGAGCCCUGGCACUCGGACGUCUUUGAGUUCCUCGACCUGCGCAAGAACCACGGCAAGGAGGAGGUGCGUGCCCGCGAGCUCUUCUACGCGCUCUGGGUGCCCGACCUCUUCAUGAAGCGCGUCGAGCAGAACGGCGACUGGUCGCUCAUGUGCCCCAACGAAUGUCCCGGCCUCGCAGACUGCUACGGCGACGAGUUUGAGCGCCUCUACGAGCGCUACGAGGCAGAGGGCCGCUCCAAGCGCACCGUCAAGGCGCAGAAGCUCUGGUACGCCAUCCUCGAGUCGCAGACCGAGACCGGCAACCCCUUCAUCCUCUACAAGGACGCCGCCAACCGCAAGAGCAACCAGAAGAACCUCGGCACCAUCAAGUGCUCCAACCUCUGCACAGAGAUCAUCGAGUACAGCUCGCCCGACGAGGUCGCCGUCUGCAACCUCGCUUCCAUCGCUCUGCCCACCUUCAUCGACCCCGUGUCCAAGACUUACGACUUUAAGCGUCUCCACUCGGUCGCCAAGGCCAUCUGCAAGAACCUCAACAAGAUCAUCGACAUCAACUACUACCCCGUCGAGGAGGCACGCCGCUCCAACAUGCGCCACCGCCCCAUUGGCAUCGGUGUGCAGGGCCUUGCCGACGCCUUCAUGAUCAUGGGCUACGCCUUCGAGUCGCCCGAGGCGCGCAAGCUCAACGUGCAGAUCUUCGAGACCAUCUACCACGCCGCGCUCGAGCGCUCGUGCGAGCUGGCGCAGCAGCACGGCACCUACGAGACCUACGCCGGCUCACCCGCCUCCCAGGGCGAGCUCCAGUACGACAUGUGGGGCGUCACCCCCUCGGACCUCUGGGACUGGGCCGAGCUCAAGGCCAAGAUCGCUCAGCACGGCCUGCGCAACUCGCUGCUCCUCGCACCCAUGCCUACGGCCUCCACCUCGCAGAUCCUCGGAUUCAACGAGUGCUUCGAGCCGUACACGUCCAACAUCUACUCGCGCCGCGUGCUCGCCGGCGAGUUCCAGGUGGUCAACCCGUGGCUGCUGCGCGAGCUCGUCGAGCAGGGCCUGUGGAACGACACGAUGAAGAACCGCAUCAUCGCGCACGGCGGCUCGAUCCAGAACGUGCCCGGCAUCCCCGACCGCAUCAAGAAGCUCUACAAGACCGUGUGGGAGAUCAGCCAGAAGGCGAUCAUCGACAUGGCCGCCGACCGCGGCGCGUUCAUCUGCCAGUCGCAGUCGCUCAACAUCCACCUCUCGGCGCCGACGUUCGGCCAGCUCACCUCGAUGCACUUUUACGGCUGGAAGAAGGGGCUCAAGACCGGUACCUACUACCUGCGCACCAAGCCCGCCUCCAACGCCAUCCAGUUUACGCUCUCCGUCGCCGAGGUCAACGAGGCCAAGGCUGCUGCCAAGCGCACUGGCGCCACGGUCAAGAAGAUCGAGGACGCGCCCGUGGCGGCUGUCGAGCCCGUGGCUGUUGCCAAGGUGGUCGCACCGAGUGUCGAGGAGCUUACGUCGGGCGUAGGCAAGCUCGGCAUCGACGGCACUGUGACCAAGGACGGACCUGGUAUCAGGUCGGCCGAAGAGGUCAAGGCCAUCCAGGACGCCAAGGCUGUCGCAGAGGUCGAGAAGCAGAAGACCGAGCAGCUCGAGUCGACCGCCAACGGCGACGUGGACCCUGGCUUCGCCGCAGCCCUCGAGAGGCAAAAGCUUCGCCAGCUCGAGGCGGAUCAACUCCUCUGCUCCAUUGAGAAUAAGGAAGCUUGCCUCAUGUGCUCUGGCUAA